UCUGCCAGGGGUGGGCGAUUUCGCCGCACGUCCCCCGCGCGUGUUCGAAAUUCGAAGUGAAGUUUCGGAUGAUUGAGUGAACUGUUUAGUGAUUGGCCGGUUGGAGUUGGAGGUUACGCGAACAUAAAUCAAGAAAGAACAAAAGGGGCUUUUUCAAAAAACGAAAUAAGAAAAAUGCUUCUUUUUCGUCGGUCCAUCGCUUGGUCGGUCUCAUGAAUAUGACGCCAGUGGGUAGCCGCCCGAAAUGUUGAUUUAUGCCGCGCGCGCCAUCCAUCAAGCGGCAGUAGGGUAACCAGACAAGCACUUUUGCUAAGCAUCGGUCGCAGAUACCGAUGUAUGCAGGGAACGAUUUAUCAAACGGAGUGGUUGAAAGAUUAAACAAGUUAACGUUAGUGAUGUAGCCAAGUGAGUCGGGAACCGUGUGUUUAAAAUGUGAUGUUGCAAAUGAUUUUCUGAAAUAGUGGACUUUUAACGUACCUUAAAGUUCUAAUAUAAAGUAUUAUCACAAUAAAUUAAUAUGCCGUCUCGAAUAACGAACUUUACCAGCAAAUGGAUUUCAUAUUCUAAGACACUUUCAAGAUUUUAAGCUUCAGACAGCACAAUGAAGCGUCGCUCGUUACCACCUGUGCGUGAAGAAGUGUCGCAAGCGAAAUCUUGGCGCAACAUUUGUGACAACGACUGGGCUGUGUAUUCCCUCGUCUCACUCGUGGGUGCGUUGACUUACGCGAAUAGUCUUGAUGGAGAGUUCGUGCAUGACGACAUCCCCGCGAUAGUGUCGAACAGUGACGUGAACGGUGGCAGCCAUGUGCUCAAAGUGUUCAAGAACGACUUCUGGGGGACGCCCAUGUCGGACCCCAAUAGCCACAAGUCGUACCGGCCGCUGACGACGCUGUCUUUUAGACUAAACCACGCUCUCUGCGGGUUCUCGCCGUGGUGGUGGCACGCGUGCAACGUGGCACUGCACGCGGCGUGCUGUGCGCUCGUCGCGCGCACAGGCGUGGUCGUAGCGCGACUGCAGCGCCCCUUCGCGGCACUAGCGGCGCUACUGUUUGCGGUCCACCCUGUUCAUACGGAGGCGGUGGCAGGAGUGGUGGGACGAGCCGAUGUCCUGGCCUGUAUGUUCUUCCUAUCUUCUCUGCUUCUUUAUCACGGGUCCUCCGGCAAGCACCGCGUGUGGUCGAGCGUCGUGCUGGCAGCGCUCAGUAUGAUGGCCAAGGAGACUGGUCUCACGGCGCUGCUGUUCAACAUCACCUUCGACCUGUACCGGAGUUGGACUCCUAUUACGAGACCAUCCAUAGCAGUGAAAUGGAGAUGGAAAAGCGACAGCGUAUGCGGCAGAGUGACGCGGAUGGUGGUAGCGUUGGUGCUGCUGGUCGGUGUCAGACUUACGCUGCUACAGGGCUCGCUGCCGGCGUUCUCGCCGCAGGAUAACCCACCAGCUUUCCACCCUUCUUUUGCUGUCAGACUGAUGACCUUCUGCUACCUAGCAGCAUUCAACUGGUGGCUACUCCUGUGCCCCUGGACGCUGAGCCACGACUGGCAGAUGGGCUCGGUGCCGCUCGUCACCAGCGGCUGGGACCCAAGGAACCUGCUCACCUGCGCCGCGCUUAUAGCCUUGGUGGCGCUGUCCUACAGAUGCUUCUUGGAUUUGGAGCUGCACCGGCACACGCCAGCCGUGGUAGGGCUGCUGCUGCUCGUCAUCCCGUACCUGCCCGCCUCCAACCUCCUCGUCACUGUGGGCUUCGUGGUCGCAGAACGAGUUCUGUACAUACCCAGCGUGGGCUCAGUACUGUUGACGGCAUACGGCGUGCAGCUACUUCGGCGGCGACGGCGCGGACGUCGGUUGCUUGCACUGGGCGUGGCGGCGCUGGUAGCAGGAGGCGCGGCGCGCACGCAUCUGCGCAACCGCGACUGGCGGACCAGGGAAUCGCUGCUGAGAGCGGACUUAUCAGUGUUGCCGCACAACGCAAAACUACACUACAACUUCGCGAAUUUCCUCAAAGACAUCGAACAACAAGAAAGCGCCAUUAAACAUUACAAGGAAGCUUUAAAGCUGUGGCCGAGCUACGCGAGCGCGCACAACAACCUGGGCACGCUGGUGGCGUGGGCGCGCGCCGAGCACCACUUCCUGCAGGCGCUCAAGUACAACCGCGACCACGUCAACGCGCACUACAACCUCGCCAAGCUCUACAGAAAAAAGAACCGCCUCAGCGAAGCCCUCAAGAUGCUGGAGCGCUGCAUUUCGCUGGAGCCGCGCUUCGUGCAAGCGCACUUAGAGCUUCUACUGCUGACGCCGGACGCGCGCCGCCGCGCCGUGCUCGACACGCUGCUGGCGCUCGAGCCGCGAAACCCGGAACACCACGUGUUGUAUGGGCACUGGCUGCGCGGCAGAGGGUUGCUACCUCAGUCCAUGAGCUACUACACGACAGCCAUGAGGCUAUCAUUCGGCAGCUCGUGCGCGAACUGCGAGCGCGGCAAGCUGCAGGCCGUGCGAGCCGCGUGCCUACUCCUGCGUAGCGCCGGGCAGAGAGCGAGGAUAUUGCAGUUAGUUACUAGAUGGCAGGUGGUGCGCGGCGGCGGGCAGGGCGCGGCGCGGCGCGCGCUGGCGGAGCGCGCGUGGCGCCUGCGUCGCGACCUGGCGCACCGCGCCGCGCUCUACGCGCGUCCCACGCAGCAGGGCCGGCCGGUGACAUCAACAUGUCUCCACCACAGCCAACUAGAAGUAUCUCCAGAGAGGUACAUCAACAACGUGGAACAAAACGAACUCUUAGCAGAGAGAACUUUAUACACUCACAGUGACAGUGUAACCAGUGAUAUAGACAAAAACAUAGACAAUGAUCAAGUGAAUAGUUGCCAAAAGAAUAACGAUAGAUUAAAGAAGAGUGUUUCUCUAUCAGCUCAAUACAAACCCACGCACAAUAAAUCGGAGACGGGGCACAAGCAGAAAAGCUGUCCGAUCCAUAAAAAGAAGAAGAUAAAAGACCCAGAGGCGUUCACGCCGUUCGUAUCUGACCAUUUGAUAAAGACUUAUUAGAUUUAAGUGGUGUAGGUUAGGGGUGAUCAAUUUAAUAUCUGGUAACAAAGAACAUAUAUUUUUGACCUAAACGAACAAUGGGCAAGUGAAUGUUGUUUAAUAUCCAAACCUUUUGUAUAACUAAUUAAGUUUUUUAUGACCCAGAAAAGAGAAAAUCUCAUUACGUUACACAUUUCAAAAGUAAUGAAACUAAAAAAAUCAGCACACGCAAGAUCAUAAUCAGUAUUAUUAAACUUUACAUUGUAUAAUCUAUUACAAACAGGUACUUAUUACAAAAGGUAAUAAUUUACAGUUGUGACAUAAUAAACGCAAUUAAAGGUAAUCUUAAAGAAAGAAGAAAAGUUUUUGGUAAAUGGUUCCCACAAGAGAAUAGCAUCAAAAUGAGUGAGCCAGGGAACAAUCAAAAAAGGUUUCCCAAAUGCUUCUUGCCCUGUUUUCAAUGACGUACCUAUUGACAUACUGGAUUAUCAGGUUAAUUACGUUAACUGUAGAAUGCAAACUGUUUCAUAUCUCCUGGAAUUUUGAAUUCCCUGAAGGCUCCCUUGAACAGUGAAGCCCUAUUAGUGAUUGAUGACAAAAAUCUAUGAUUUCUAAACUUUUUUCGAUAACUAAGAACCUUACGCAAAUAAAGCCAAGUCAAUACGAUCCUAUGAUAAGAAAACAACUAUGUUGCCAUAUUUAUAGUGAGUGUAAAUAUGUGUAAAUUAUAACGAUA